GUUUUUGAAAUAUCCACAAGAGGAAACCCUCGUACUUUUUGUACUCUCUGACCCUGCGUUGUCAGAGUCAGCUGACUGAUCCCCUGACCUGAGUCAAUUAAGGUUUUGUUUUUUACAUGUAAAUCCAUCCUUAAUCUUCUUUUCCAAUAUUCAUGUUUUGAUAAACACCUUGAGUCGUCUAUUUUUCUACCAAUACUAUUGACAAAGUCAAGUUUACACAGGUUGGGUUGACAGAUGAUGGGACAUUGGUGGAACGGCGACGUUGCAGUUACUUGCUUUGAUCAGCAGAUGGCGCCAAGAUGCCCUCCCAUCCAACUGAGUCUGCGCAGUCCACCACGUGUAAACAGCUUCCUGUUGGGGAGGCGAUCUGUUUAAUAAAGUCAGUCCUCUGUUUUGGAGUGUUUGACAGACAUGGAUGAAUCACCUUCGGACCUCGGGGCAUUUCUUAAUAAUCAUCCUUUUCUACAGCCUGUAGAUGGCAAAAAGAUCAAAUGCACUUUGAAUGGCCAUGAGUUCCCAUGUAAGCUGACGGAGCUGCAGAAGUUCACGCAGGGGAAGAAAUAUGAGAAACUGAGUGCUGCAGCAGAGUUCAACUACAGCCAGUAUGAACCCCAUAUUGUGCCAAGUACUAAGCAACCUAACCAACUCUUCUGCAAACUGACCCUGAGGCAUCUCAACCGCCAGCCGCAUCACGUCCUGAGACACGUUAAUGGGAAGCGCUUCAAGAAAGCCCUCUCUAAAUAUGAGGAGUGCAGAAAGCAGGGGGUUGACUUUGUUCCUGCCAGACUGAAACAGAGAAGGCCCAGAGACACGGGAGAGGAGAUGAGAGGAGGAAAGGCCUCCAAACAUUCCAGCAGUAUGUGGGAGCCUUCAUCCAGCGGCGAGGAGCACAGUGACUCAGAGGACAGCAUGAGUGACCUCUACCCAUCCUCUGUGUUCACAUUAAAGAAUCCUACAGAAGAAACCAUGGGAGGUGAAGAGGAGGAGAAGGAGGACGACUUCCAAACGGAUGAAGAUGAGGAGAUGGAGGUGGAAAAGGAAGGGGUCCAGAAACGCAAAAAGGUUCAGGGUGGUGGCUUUCAGAAGAAAUUCAGAAAUAACAAGCGGAAAUCAGGGAAUAAAAAGCAAGGGAAAGUGCCAAAUGGAAAGUAAACUGUUACAGCACAUACAUGCCACGACUUUCUCCGUCGUUAUCCUCCAGGAGGCCAUCCUGGCACCCAGUUUACAGCAGGCCGACCUCCGAACAUCCAUUAUCAAGGAUGUUCCGGGUAUUUGGCAAAUGUUUUCAGGUUCCCGAUGUUUCACAGUUCCUGCGAGGUUGGCUGACAUGAUACAGAACAUUUGUGACUGGACUUGUUUUUCUGGUUUGAAGUCAAAUGCACUUGUAUAUAAUACAACUUUGCAUUUUCCAAAUAUUGUCUGUCUUUUUUUUUUGUCAUUUAAGAAAUUGCCGGUAGAAAGUCUUUAAAGUUAUACAUUGUAGGUUUUAAUGUGAAUGGUCAAGGUGUAGGUUUUCUAUACUACUGCAGAAGUCACAGAAUAUUGAAGGGGUUUUGUUUAUAUUAUCCACUCUGCAACCUUAAAAAAAAAUCAUUUUAUUUUGUCCAACGGCGUCUUCUUUUCCCUGAGGGUGCACUGCUGCUGAAACCGACUGGAAUAUUGGCAGAAGAACAGCUUUUUAUGACUGUCAACUGAUCCUUGGCCAUUAAAUGUUGCCUCAGAGCUGCUUCAAAAUCAGUCCAGUCUUCAACUUGAUGUUGAAUUAAAAGCCAUUAAAGUUUUCUCCUAAUGUUUCUCUGAUCUGUGGUUAGGUGCAGUGUCGCAUUUGAAGGAGGUUGUGCUUUCAGAUUAACUGACAAAAAGGUGUGUUAUUUUGCCAAACAGCUGAAGAACAACUACUUUUCAAUGAUAAAUACAUAAAGCAAGUGCAUUUUUGACUUAAGUGAAAUCUUUGUAAAUGUAUUUGAAGUUAUGGAAGUGGAUUUAAACUGAAACACGGGCUCUGUUAGCUGUCCAUAUUAUUUGGUCAAUGUUAUAUUUUGGUAUUGGGCAAUGAAUACCUCAGAUAAACACCAACAGGUGGCAUAUUGUACAUAAAUACAUGAUUUUUUUUUUAAAGGAAAAAGUUGACUGAGAAUAAUCAUUUCAAUAGUUAAUACAACAAACAGGAAUAACUUUUUGCGUUAUUAAUUUCACAUGGUUGCAAAAGACUUUUGUCUAACUCUUUCCAAAUAUGUUACUUUUUACUAAGGUUUGACGCACAUCUGCAGCAUUUUGUGUCAGAGUAAGGU